AUGACUCCUAAAGGGUGUUUGGCCGGCAUCGUGAGGACAGAGAAUGGUGUCACCGCAGUCCUGGGAUUAGAUGUCUCACUUACAUGUUAUUACAAAGCCCAGGAACAAGAGAAGGUUACUCAAGUUAUCUGGUCCAAAAAAAUCAUUAAUGGUCAGAACAUUCAGGUUGCCAUCCUAAACACGGAAUAUGGGGCUCAUAUCCCUCGUGAAUAUGAAGGAAGAGUGAAGGAAAAUUCUCCAUUGAAGCCAGAAGAUGGGUCAAUAAUCCUGAAAAAUGUUGUCCAGGCGGAUGAAGGCAUCUACCAGUGUCGGGUCUACACCUUCCCAUCAGGAACCUUUGAGGCUGAAGUGGAGCUAAAAGUGCUUGUUCCACCUUUGCCAACGCUGAACCCUGGUGAUCCAUUGGUAGAGGGAGUGGGCCUGACCCUCGCUGCCUCCUGCACCGCUGAAGGAAGCCCUGCGCCCACCCUGACAUGGGAAACCGAAGUGUCCGGGAAAAAUAUUUCAAACACUUAUUCUCAUGCUCGAUCUGCCUCAGUGACUAGUGAGUUUUACGUUGUUCCAACUCGCAGUAUGCACAAAAAGCUACUGACCUGUGUGGUGUCUCACCCUGUGUUCCAGCAGGAGAAAAGGAUCACACAUGUCCUGGAGGUUGAAUAUUUGGCUGAUAUCACCAUUCAAGGUUAUGAACAUUGGUUUGCUGGAAAAGAUGAUGCAGCUCUGAGGUGUUUAUGUGAUGGUUACCCAACACCGAAGUACACAUGGGUCAGGGUCAAUGCUUCUCUCCCAAAAGAUGUAAAGAUUGAAGGCAACCAGCUAAGAUUUACAGGUCCACUCCUCGCAGAAGACGCAGGGGUCUACAUCUGUGAGGCCACCAAUGGUGUAACCACUAGACAAGCCAGUGUCAUGGUUACCGUUACAGACAGUGAACCUCGAAACGUGGACCUCUUGUCAGUCUCCUUGGUGUCUGUGGCGGUAGUGACGGGGCUCCUGGUGCUAAUUCUGGUGAUAAUUGUCAUCCUAGUGAACCGACACCACAAGAGGAAAACAAAGAGACUUUCAGAGAAAAUUGAGGAGCUUUCAACAUUAUCCAGACAGACGUCCCGGAGGAGACUGAACUCCAACACGGCCAGCACAGACACCAGGAUGCAGCUAGAAGAGAGCAUGAAUCUGAGAGGCCAUCACCCCGACAGCCUGCGGGACCCCAGUAUCAGUUCGAUGAUGGGGGAAGAGGCGGACAGACGCAGCUAUUCCACACUUACAACUGUACGGGAAAUAGAGACGCAGACAGAACUGCUGGCCACGGUUCCAGAUGAGGAGGUGAAGGAGGAAGAGGAGGACCGAACACAAGAGGAACCUCUGGAGGAGAAAGAACUUGACCAAAGUGAGCGAGGAAGCACUGGAAUCUUGUCCACCCAGCCAUUCAUCAAGCAGGGGAUGAGCCAUUUUUAUCAGGAGAAUGGGACUCUACGAGCCAAGCCGACUACUAACGGAAUCUACAUAAAUGGCCGAGGACAUCUCGUAUAACUACAACCUCCCAAUUCCUUUAAGACUCUCACAUUGUGGACAAGGAGCCACAACAUUAUCUGGCAACAGACUUAGUGGCUUCAUAAGAAGGAUCUUCAGCUGCAGGACAUGGUGGGGUCGGUCAUUAUGCCCAAUUGUUAAAUUGUGUAGAUGUCAGUGUGCCUGGAGCCAUGUCCCGUGUCACCAUCAUCAAGUCCUACACUGCAGAGAGUGUCCCUGGUCACGCCUGCUGCAUCCUCUUCAGAUCUCUGGGAUUAAACUGUUGACAUUUAAAGUCUCCUGGGAAGAGGGUUCUGGAAUUGAACUGAUUCACCUCGUCAGGAAUAGAUUGUGAGCAAUGUCCAUGUGUCAUAUUAUGGACAGGCAGCCGCCAGCAGAGCCAGAGAGGCACAGACAUGCUUGGAAUUAUGGCCGUAUAUUGUAUAGAUGCCUAAAUCUGUACUGGUAAGAGUGAAUUGCCAGCAUGCUAGAAGAGGAACCAAGACUUCUUCAGCAUGACUCACUGCAGGACUGUUGUGAAAUUUCAGCUACGGUGAUACUAAUUGUUCUAGGGCCAAAACCGUAAAACUCCCCCCAAUCAAAAAAAAUCAGCCCCUGGUACACACCCUCUGGGUCCACGUUGUGGAAUGAUUGUGUGGACCCUAUGAAUGGAGGUCUUACUGGGGCCUCGGGCUGUGGACUUUUCCAUAAUGCUGGAGGUUAGGCACUCAUUAGUAUUUGUACAUAUGGAUGUAAAUGUCUUCUCUGCUCAUUGUAAGGACGUGUAAGACGAGAGGCACGUCUCGGGUAUUUAUGUGUGCUGUAUAGAUUUUCUACAUAUGGUAUUUAUGUCCGGGGCGGGUGUUUUUAUUUUCAUUGCAGGGAAAAUCUUGUACAAAGAUGAUUAAUACUUGAAGGUCAAUGUCAGUAAAUCACUGGGAUUUAAAGUCA